CAUCAUCUAUGUGUCUACUUCACCAACUUCAUCUACAAAACCCAAUACUCCCAUUCCCAUCUUUCCACCGAACAGAUCCAAAUUAUUUCUUUGCUUUAUUUGUCUCAUAAGAAAUGUCUGCUCCCAUUAGAGAAACUGAAGUUUCCCCAAUUUCUUCAGUCUCUAACCGUCAGCUUUGCACCCAGAGGACUCGAUCCAAUGAGAUUAUAGAUUUGCAAGAUCUCGAAGCUGGUGCAACGGUCUGCUGCAGAAUCUGUUUAGAAAAUGAAGGCGGAGAAUUGAUAUCUCCUUGCUUAUGCAAGGGAUCACAACAGUUUGUGCAUCGUCAUUGUCUUGACCAUUGGCGCUCUGUAAAAGAAGGGUUUGCCUUUUCACAUUGCACAACAUGUAAGGCACAGUUCGAGUUUUUAGUGGUAGAUUUAAGUGAUGAUAUAAUAACAAGGAUAAAGCACAAACUAUUCGUCAUCAAUGAUGUUUUCCGCCACUUUUUAAUUAUACAAUUUGUAAUUAUAUCUCUCGGUUUCUAUCUAUACAUCAUGGAUAGUGGCAGAAAAUUUCACGGGACACUAAAUGGCCGUAUUAAUGUGUUCUCAGACAAUCCUUUAUCGUUUUAUUACAGUUUGGGAGCUCUUGGCCUCCUUUUUAUAUAUGGAUGUUUCUUGGUCAUACCAAGGUGCCUCUCCCUCGGUGGCUCUAACCGGCGCAUAGCCACCUGCCAGAACUGUUGUUUGAUUUUUUACUUGUUGGAAUGCUUUCCUGCUCCAAUUAUGAUUUUAUGUUUUGCAAUAGUUUGUGUCCUCUUUGGCAUUGCAUAUGGUCUAUUUGCUGUGAGCCUUGCUAUACAAAGGAGCUGGCAUAGACACUACAAACUCCUCACCAAGAGAAACCUUACAAAGGUGUAUGUUGUGGUUGAUCAGCAUGGCCGCUAUACUCCGCCAGAGUUGGAUCAUUUACAUCUAGAACGUCUUAGAGAACUCGGUCUUUUGUAGAGAAAAAAAGGCUUCAAUGCUAAAGCUUAAAAAUCUUGUAUUUUUGUUAAAAAGUGAAAGGUACAUCCUUUUAGGGUUUUAAGCAUCAUGAUGUGCAUUGGAGCCUUUCUCUAUAUCCUUUAUCACACACUUUUGUAAGGAAAAAAUGACACAAUUUUGAUAGAAAACAUUGUAAGGCAUGUACAUUUGUAGACUAUUUUUAUUUUUAUAAAAAUGAAAAGUUUUUGUGUGUGUUUGGCAAAGGUCUAUAGAAACUACGGAGUACUAAAACCAUUUUCCUUUCUCCCUAUUCUCGUUAUAGCUUUUUUGUACCACUGCUGCUGUUCUGUGAUGUUUUGGUAAAUAAUAUGUUCUUUUAGAUAUCUCCAUUUCAAUGAUUUUCACCCCAUUCUACUGUACUCUGUAUAUGUAUAACAAUGCACCUUAUGACAAAUGAUUAUGCAAUAUGAUAAGUCCAUAUUUUGACAUGCAUUUGAUGCGCGUUGGGAUUGGGUUUUAUUAGUUUUCCUAACUUAAAUGUGUCACAAAGAACCUAAUUAGAUCAAGUCAUUGUUUAUCGAGUUUUGGUUUGCAUUUGGUGUUUUUAGAAUUAAAAUUAGGAAGUUGAGCCCAACAUUAGCAUCGGAGAUUUAUUCAGGAGGACUCAAGACACAUUUCAGAGUUACUGAGAAGGAUUGAAGGUCCACGAGAAAUUAAAGAAGUGUUUUUGAAGUCAAGGGAGCUCAAGGAUCAAGUACGAGAUCAAAUGGGGACAAAUAGAGCUUGAAAACAGCAAUCAAGAUGACCUUCUGUCAAUUGUUUGAACAUAUCUUUUCAUAAAAAUCUUCAAAAGACACAAUUCAAGUUUCAUAUGAAAGAUAACUCAAUGGGAUACAAGUCUUAUUAAGACACCAUGAUGAGAAUGUGAGAGGAUAGAUCAAGGAGAAACGAGAUGACAAAGUAAGACAAUUCCUGUUGAGAUUUCAGGAUGCGGCCUUCCACUAUUUUAUUCAUAUCUAUUAAUUGAAUGAUUCAAUCUCAGUUUUGCAAGUUGUGAUGGAUAGAGAACUUCAUUAGCUACAACUUCGGUGAAGGAAGCAUGGUGAAAUCCGGACGCGAAAUGCGCACGUCGUGCACACGAAGCACACAUGCCGCGUGCUGAAGAAGAAAUCACGGAGAGGCUACCGUAGACCGCGCACACCGUGUGCACGAGAUAAUCACGCUGUGCACGGCAGUUUUUCAGCGUUUUUACUCUGGACGCACGGACGUCACGCACGCCAUGCUUAGGCGCCGUGCGUGCGUUUCAGGGGUCCUUUUUCGGCUAGAAUUCAACUGUUUUCUAUUUUAACAGCCUUUGACAAAAUUUUGAGAGGUUUUCAACCUCGGAUGUUUUAUAUUGUGGGAUUAUUUGUAAGUUCUAUUUUUUAAUUAAUGACAAUUAAUUCUUUCCUAUUCAA